UCGUUGUCGUCGUCGUCUCCUUCGGCAUGCGUCAAGGCUAAUGUUCCGCCCCCGAGCAUCCCAGCCCACGCAGCUCUCCUCCUUGUCAGGACACCACCAAAUCCGCCUGUCACUCCCCCCCCCCAACCCCACCCACCUCUCCCUUACUACCGUUCCUAACGUACAGCCCGCCGCAGCCUCUUUCUUUGGGAGCCUUCUCUCGUAAAUCUUGGGGGGGGGAGAUCGGGGGGUGAGUGUCAGGCAAUCACCAGAGUCGUUACAUUACUCUACCACUCUCCUGCUAAGCCUACUACAGACUCGUUCUUCGCUUCUGCCCCACCGUGCUUACUAACAUCGUCUCCACUGCACUCCUUUUACACUUACACACACACGGCGAGUAUCUUUUUUGUUAUUUGUUCCCCUCCUCGAUCAAAUUGUUGCCAGUGUUCCUGGCACAUGGUAGGGUGCUGCUGAUGGUCAUUGCAACUGGACCACUUAGACGGGACAAAGUUGUAAAGAGGAAAGUUGUGCUGUGUUGUGUUCCGCACCUGUUGAUGGUGUUUGAGAAUCUUUUUGAAGCAGAAUAUUUGUUUUUUUGUAUUGAAUUCUCUGUGUGAGCCAUAUUCGGUGGUGCAUUGGAGGUGGAGUCAUCGAGGCGUAACCAUGCAUAGUGAGCUGGUGGUCACAGUUGCUGUGUGUAAGCCAAUAUCACCUGUGUGCGAUCGGUGGCGGUCCGACUAAUUCCAUCGGAAUUUUGUCUGUUUCGAAACAUCUACUUUGAUGGUAGGCUACAUGGAAGGUAGAAUCAGGGAGAACAGCGUAAUCCAAGGAGUUAUGGAUGAUGACAGCCUCUGGACAGUACAGAAGUUUGCAGCGAUUUUGUUCGCAGCGCAAUUCUGAUUCCUGGAGAACGACUCACGGAGGUGCCGGUCGUGUAGUGCUGGAUAGCUCAUCUUUUGUGGGAAAGGUGGAUCCACCUAAAGAACGUGAGGUUAUGGGUCGCGGUAAAAUUGAAAUCAAGAAGAUAGAAAAUCCUACUAGUAGGCAGGUAACCUUUUCUAAGAGGCGAGGAGGCCUUUUGAAGAAAGCACACGAGCUUGCAGUGCUAUGCGAUGCAGAGGUGGCACUCAUCAUCUUUUCCAGCACAGGAAAGCUAUUUGAAUUCGCCAGCUCAGGCAGCAUGCGCGAUAUUCUGGAGCGAUACAGCAAGUGUCCAGACGGAGUGCAGACUACCGGGAACGUCGACUUCAUGGGUCGUGAAGUCGUGAAGCUACGACAGCAGUUGGAGCGGAUGCAGCAUUCGCAAAGGCAAAUGCUUGGUGAGGAUCUCCAGGUUUUAACAGUAUCCGACUUGCUGCAAUUGGAGCAGCAACUGGAUGUCGGUGCCUCUAGAGUACGAGCAAGGAAGAACCAGCUUUUAUUGGAAGAAAUUGAACAAUUAAGACAAAAGGAGCUUGAUUUACAGGCCGAAAAUGAAGAUUUGCGUAAAAAGCUUGCGCAUGUCAAGGAAACGGCCGAAGUUUCUGGCCAUACUGGUACGUCGGAGAGUCCGAGUCAAGUUGCCAGUGCCUCUGCGUAUGAGACUGGUGGGAUUUCCGCGCAGGUGACCAUGGUGUACCCCACACAUCCGAACCUCCGUGACCCGCAGACAUCACAAACUUCGCUGCAUCUUGGGUUAUUUCCUGAGUCAUUUGUGCCAAACACUAGCAGAAGGCCAUCCCAGCGAAGUCCGACUGAUCCCGAAGGUGAAUCCUCUAUAAGAUGGGAACGGUAUAGGGGUCAGGAAUAGAGUUCAUGCAAACUUUCCAUGAGCGGGAUGAUGUUACAUUCCAGGGUCUCCCUUUCCAGACGGUUGUACCGUUACCACUACCUAGUGAUCGCAAAUUCCCUCUACAUGGUCCCGUCAAAAUUUCCAUCCAUGUGUCGCUUAUUAAUUGGGUGAAGAAGUCAAGUAGUAAUGCAACAUCUGUAGCAAAACUACUAAUGUGGUUACUGUUCAAUUCAUUCGCCUGUUUCUUCCAAUCCUAGAGUGGAGGUCAAAAGCAGGUUGCAUCUUCUUCGUUAGAUCGGUUUCAUCUCCGAGAAGGCAAGAUUGUGGAUCAGGAACUUGCCUCAGUUGAGAUGCGGCGCGAUGUAUGUAGUGACAAGCAGAACUCGGGUCUUUUAUAGAACAGUCGGCAUAGGCCGGAAGUUACAAGAUCUGAAUCGGUUAAUAUACUCCCUCGGAUAAAAGCAUUUUUAGGCACAUGAUAGAAUUUACGUUCAUGUCCAAAUCGCGAAGUGAAGCAUGCGUACUGGUAUGAUGAGCUUAGAGUUGGACGAAUCCAUAUAUUUCUAUAUUAUUGUAGAAAAUCCUUAAAUAGCAACGAGAAAUAAAUAGAUCUGCAAUCCUACUAGGGAUGUAAAUUUUUCCAUUUCAGAACGAAAAUGAUAACUUCGUCAGAGGGGAACUGGUGAACUGCCCACGUCGGAGCAGUUGCACUAACUGCGGAGUGUCGAUUUUAUAUUUGCA